GGCGCAGAGCGGCCUUGCGAUUGGCAGCGGGAGCUUUGGCGCUAGCUUCGGGGCGGGCGGCGGCGCUGACAGGAGGCCGGGAGGGACCAUGGAGGCCGCGCCGGGCGGCUCCUACCGCCGCCGCCUCUUGCUGCUCUCGCCGGCCUCCCCCGCCGUCGUCAAGUCGCUGUUCCCCGCCGAGCUCUCGCCGGUCUCCGACCUUCGCCUGACCAUGGAGCAGCUGGGACGCGGCUCGGCCGGUCAGCACGAAAAUGCUGAACAAGAUCCGGGCAAAAAGAACACCGGUGGUCUACAAAGAACGGUGUCAUCGGAGUCAACAGACUCAGGUUGUGCUUUGGAUUCACCCAGUCCUCUGACCUCCAGCGACGACAUGGAGGAUACGUUUGAGAAAGCGAUUCUUGAAUCUAGCAGACUGAACAUUCGACUGCCUCUCAGAAGAAUACGUUCACUGCCACAGGGGCUCCUGGGAUCCAGUCCUGCUCUGAAGAGAAACCAUUCAGAUUCUCUGGAUUGUGACACUUUUCAGCUCUUAGAGCAAAAUGAAAACAAGGAGAACGAAUCAUUUGAGUUUAAGAAGCCAACCAAACCAGCUUCUCGUAGUUCUGUGCACGUCCAUUCCCGUGAUGGAAAAGGUGUUCCUGGACAAAGGCAGAAUUCCCCCUCAGCCCAGAGAUUUCCAUCUAAUGAAAUACCCACGGGUGAGCUGGCAAACCACAAGUCAGCUUUCCAGCAGCAGCCUGCUCUUACUUCCUCUGAAAGCGAAGAUGAUGAUGGAUUCCUAGAGCUCUUAGAUGAGCAGGAUUUGAAGAAUGAUGAGGAGAUGCCGUCUGACGUGGCAAGCCUCUGGACUGCACCGCUAGUCAUGAAGAAAACGGACAGUCGGGCCAAACGAUGCCGGUUGUUUGGCUCUUCAGCUCUGCCCAGUGGUGUAGGCAGAACUACCCAGAAAAGGAUGGAGAGAUCGCAGGAAGAGAAUUCUCCAGGGAAAAGCAAGAAGAGGAAAAGCCUGCCUGGAACACCAUCCGAAGACACAACGAAUUUGAAGGUAGUAAAGACACAACCUUCUGCCGCAGAGAUUGAAAGCAUUUUGGACAGUGACCAGAGAGACCUUAUUGGUGACUUCUCAAAGGGUUAUUUGUUCCACACUGUUGAUGGGAAGCAUCAAGACUUAAAAUACAUUGACUCGGAAAUGAUUGUGUCCGUGCUGACUGGAAAAUUUGCAAGCUUCAUCAAGGAAUGUGUGAUAAUUGACUGUAGAUAUCCGUAUGAGUAUGAAGGAGGACACAUCAAGGGUGCUGUAAACCUACAUAUGGAAGAGGACGUGGAAAACUUCUUGCUUAAGAAGCCAAUCCUGCCGUCGGAGAACAAACGGGUGAUCAUAGUGUUCCACUGCGAGUUCUCUUCAGAGCGGGGCCCGCGGAUGUGCCGGUUUGUGAGAGAGCGGGACAGGCUGGGUAACGAAUACCCCAACCUCCACUACCCAGAGCUGUAUGUCCUGAAGGGGGGCUACAGGGACUUCUUCCUAAGAUGCCGUAGCUUCUGCGAGCCCCAGAGCUACCGCCCCAUGCACCACAAGGACUUUAAAGAAGACUUGAAAAGAUUUCGCACCAAAAGCCGAACCUGGGCUGGUGAGAGGAGCAAAAGGGAACUGUACAGCCGCUUGAAGAAGCUCUGAGGGCUGAGGGGAUGAGCAAAGACUGCGCGCUUCGGGGUUGGGGGGAGCUGUAGUGGGAGGGAAGCGUGCCUGCUCCUUGCUGGUGGUUACUGGGUGCCGGCCCUCUCCUCAUCUGUCCUAAUGGUAACGCUGCGGCCGCAGGCUUGAACUGAGCAACCCAGGUGCUGGCUGGAAGCCGACUGCUGAAUAUUCUCGUUAUGCUGCCUGAUGGAAACGGCUUCUCCCGCUCUGACAUCCACAAACUGUCCAACAGCCUGCCCCAGGAGGCUGGGAGGAGGCUGUUCGCUGCGGCGUACGUGGGGCUUGGCCUGGCACGUGGCGUGAGGAGGGAGGAUAUUUUAGUGCCUGUUAGUUUUUUAAAUGCCUUAUUUUAUUUAAAUACAGUCAAACGAAGCCAAGACCGCUGCAGUUGAAUCAUCUGGGUUGCACUCAAACCUUGUUCCUGCUGAAGGGCAGCCUGCUGUUGGGGGUGUGGGUGGAGGUUUUGUUCUUUUUCUCAGCUGCAGCCUGGGUUGUGUUCUGGUAGCGUAACGCGUGGUGGUGCAGCACGAUGGCAACCUUCCUUACAGCCAGGGCUUCCACGCCGCUGAGCUCCUGUGUUACGUUGGGGGAAGCCUCCUGAAGAAAUACCUAUGGGGAAUUUUUUUUAUGUAGCUAUCUUGUUCACCUCAUUUACUUAAUCUCAGUUGCUUUAUUUUGUAUUAAUUUGAAUGUAGCUGCUGCUUUAGUUCUAAAGAAAUCGGUGUCUCAAAGCAGGCAGAAUCUCUGGGAACCGAAGUUAGUUCAGGAGCGGACUGCCUUGGGUGAUCCCAGGGACACCAGGCGGCAAAGCUGUCACCGUGGGUCUCAGCAUUUGCUGCUGCUGCUCCCUCCCAGGCUGUGUCUUAGGGUCAUGAAACGUGUCCAGAAGAGCCUGGCUGGGAGGGACCAGGCUCAUCCCGUCCGCAUGCCUCUGUGAGGCUGCUCUGAAGCUGCUCCUGCUGCUGUGGCUUUGGCUUCAGCCAGCUCUCCAGCAGCCAAGCCUCUCCUGGCAGCAGAGGCAGGAAACACAAUUAAUUGCGGGAGGAAGAUGAUUUCCUCGAGUAGUUCUGUGCCCUAGAGCUGAGCCAUACACACUGCCCACCUAAAUCAGGGCUUGCAGUUCCGUGGCAUAGCAGGGACCUAAAACCUAAAGUGCUGAAGCUGCUUUGCUGCCCCUUCUUGUGCCACACCCACAGGACCUGGUGGCAGCU